UUACCCUUACAAAAUACUUCUAAGCAUAUUUGAUCGGACUUCUCUCAAAAUUUGGUUUCCAAAAUUGUUGACUCUUACUAAUGAAACAAGGUUGAAAAUUUAAUAAAGCUUAUAAAGCUAGAAAUAGGUUAUUAGUUAUAAAACAAAUCAAUUUGAACUCGGUUUUCGCCAUGCUUUUGGCCCGUUUAACCCAUGUGCUGCAGGGAAGAUCGCUGCGUCUCUUUGGCCAGACUGGAGGCGCUCGUCUUUGGAGCUCCACCCAGCCCCAGAUGAGGAGCAAUCCUCGGGCGACGCCGGCCGUAGUGCCCAAGAGGGAUGUGCCGGGGCCGGGGAUGAGGAAGUAUUCCAGGGGGUCCAGGGAUCGCGACCGGUCCCACUUGGAGAGCCGCACCAGAGGACCCUCUCUCAAGGAUCGCCUGAUGGGUCCGCCCAGCGAAAACGCCUAUUCCAUGGGCAAGGGGGCCGCGGCAGGAGCGGCCCUGAUGGGCCUCGUGGGUCUGUGCUACUACGGCCUGGGCCUCUCCAACCAGCCCAGCAUCUAUGACCGCUCGGUGGUGUGGCCCCAGUACGUGAGGGAUCGAAUCCACGCCACCUACGCCUACUUCGGGGCAUCCUGCGGGGUGUCAGCCGCUUCGGCCGUGGCCUUCUUCCAGUCGGACGCCAUGAUGGCGCUGCUGACGCGUUCCGGGUGGAUCGCAUCACUGGUGACCCUCGGACUGGUGAUGCUCAGUGGAGCCGUCGCCCAGGGCUUGGACUAUGAGCCCGGGUUCGGGGCCAAGCAGCUGGCCUGGGUGGCCCACUGCGCCGUUUUGGGGGCCGUGCUGGCGCCCAUGUGCCUGCUGGGCGGACCCAUUCUGACCAAGGCCCUGCUCUACACCGGCGGCAUCGUGGGCGCCCUGUCCACAGUGGCCGCCUGCGCGCCGAGCGAGAAGUUCCUGCACAUGGGCGGGCCGCUGGCCAUCGGACUGGGGGUGGUCUUCGCCUCGUCGCUGGCCUCCAUGUGGCUGCCGCCCACGACUGCGGUGGGGGCGGGGCUGGCCAGCAUGUCCCUGUACGGCGGACUGAUCCUCUUCAGCGGGUUCCUGCUCUACGACACCCAGAGGAUCGUCAAGGCGGCGGAACUGCAUCCGCAGUACAGCAGCUCACUGUACGACCCCAUCAAUCACGCUUUGGCUAUUUACAUGGACGCCCUGAACAUCUUCAUACGUAUUGCCAUUAUUUUGGCAGGAGAUCAGAAGCGAAAGUAAAGCCAUCGAUAUUCCCGCAAUAGUUGGCCUCCUUUGCGUACAAAUUCAAAAUACCCAGGCACUUGGAUCGGUAAUUUGAAAAAGUCUAACACCAAAAGCAAAUCAACUUAAAUCCGGAAAUCUUAUAAAUAUAAGAUAGGAAAAAUU